AGAGAUUUUAUCCAGACGCAAGAGAAUGUAGAAAAAGAAAGCUCUCUCUCCAAUCCUGUGUGAGGGAGGAAAAAAAAACUGUGAAACCAAAAAACAAACCGUUAAAAGAGUGACACGUAAGAAUACAUGUAUGAGUCAGCACUAGUCUCAUAUACCGUCCUUCAAAUUUAAGUUAAACUGAAAGAACUACCAGAAAAAGCGGGAACUCUGAAGGGAUUACCAUUCCCUUACCUACAGAAAAUUCAAUUCGCUUCUCACACAAACAAAUCAACACAUUUUCCUUUUUUUUUUCAUUCUCCGUAUUAUCCAUUCAAUACAUUAUUACACUACCAUGAUUCUAUCCAUCAUAAUAAGGGACAGGGAUCCUUCUUCCAUUUCUCUCUAAUUUUUCACUACUCUUUAUUAUUAUGAUAUCAUUAUUCACUCUUCUCAAUUAUACGUUUUUCCUUUUGAAUUUGAAAUUCUCUGCAAACAAAAGAAAAAUUUAAAAAACUUGAUAAAAAGGGAAGGGCGAUAAAUUUAUAAAUUAAUAGAGAUGGAACAGAAAGGCAUGUUGAUAUCAGCGCUUGGCGUAGGGGUUGGAGUUGGAGUUGGACUUGGCUUGGCUUCUGGACAAUCCGUUACAAAAUGGGGAGCUAAUCCUUUCUCUUCAAACGCCAUCACUCCUGAAAAGAUUGAACACGAAAUGCUUAGACUUAUUGUUGAUGGCAGAGAAAGUAACGUCACUUUUGAUAAUUUCCCUUAUUAUCUCAGUGAGCAGACGCGGGUGUUGCUGACAAGUGCUGCCUAUGUCCAUUUAAAGCAUGCGGAGGUUUCUAGAUAUACUCGGAAUCUUGCUCCUGCAAGCCGGACUAUUCUGCUCUCAGGGCCAGCAGAACUUUACCAGCAGGUGCUUGCCAAGGCUUUAGCUCACUACUUUGAGGCCAAAUUGCUUCUGUUAGAUGUAACUGACUUUUCAUUGAAGAUUCAAAGUAGAUAUGGUUCUGCCAACAAAGAAACUACUUUCAAAAGGUCUGCUUCAGAAAAAACUUUGGAGCGGUUAUCUGACCUCUUUGGGUCAUUUUCAAUCUUUCCACAAAGGGAAGAGCGUAAAGGCAAAAUCCACAGGCAAAGCAGUGGUGUAGACCUCCGAUCAAUGGAGACUGAAGGAUCUAGUAUUCCUCCUAUUCGUAGGAAUGCAUCAGCCUCUGCAAAUAUUAGCAAUCUUGGUUUGCAAAAUAAUCCUACAAACUCAGCUCCUGGGAAGCACAUAAGCAACUGGUCGUUUGAUGAAAGGCUUCUUAUACAGACUCUUUACAAGGUUCUGGUUUUUGUGUCAAAAACCUACCCCAUUGUUCUGUAUCUGCGGGAUGUCGAUAAGUUGUUGUGUAGAUCACAAAGGAUAUCUAAACUCUUCCAGACAAUGUUGACGAAAUUAUCUGGACCAAUUUUGAUUCUCGGUUCGCUAGUUUUGGAUUCUGGUAAUGACUGCAAGGAAGUAGAUGAGACGCUUACCUCCCUCUUCCCUUACAACAUAGAAAUCAGACCACCAGAAGAUGAAUCUCGUCUUGUCAGCUGGAAGUCUCAAUUUGAAGAGGAUAUGAAGAAGAUACAGAUUCAAGAUAACAAGAAUCAUAUCAUGGAAGUGCUUGCAGCCAAUGAUCUCGAUUGUCAUGACCUGGACUCCGUCUGUGUAGAAGACACAAUGCUUCUCAGUAACUAUAUAGAAGAGAUUGUCGUGUCAGCCAUUUCAUAUCACUUAAUGAAUAACAAAGAGCCUGAAUACAGAAAUGGGAAACUGGUUGUUCCAUGCAAUAGUUUGUCCCAUGCUCUGGGUAUAUUCCAGGCCGGAAAAUUCAGUGGAAGAGAUACAUUAAAAUUAGAAGCUCAAGCAGUAACAUCUGAGCAGAGAGAGGAAGGAGUUGUUGUGAAACCAGAAGGAAAGUCUGGAAGUGCUGCUCCUGGUAUAAAGACUGAAGCAGAAAUACCAACUUCUGUGGGAAAAACUGAUGGUGAAAAUUCUGUUCCUGCAUCCAAAGCUGAAGUUCCUCCUGAUAAUGAGUUUGAGAAGCGAAUAAGGCCGGAAGUAAUACCAGCAAACGAAAUUGGGGUAACAUUCUCCGAUAUUGGUGCCUUAGAGGAGACUAAAGAAUCACUUCAAGAACUAGUUAUGCUUCCCCUUCGAAGACCAGACCUUUUUGAGGGAGGCCUUCUAAAGCCUUGUAGAGGAAUAUUGCUAUUUGGGCCACCUGGCACAGGAAAAACAAUGCUGGCAAAGGCCAUUGCAAACGAGGCUGGAGCAAGUUUCAUUAACGUAUCCAUGUCUACCAUCACCUCUAAAUGGUUUGGGGAAGACGAGAAGAAUGUCCGUGCUUUAUUCACAUUGGCAGCCAAGGUCUCCCCAACGAUUAUAUUUGUUGAUGAGGUUGAUAGUAUGCUUGGGCAGAGGACAAGAGUUGGGGAACAUGAAGCCAUGCGGAAAAUAAAGAAUGAAUUUAUGACCAGUUGGGAUGGACUUACCUCAAAACCAGAGGAUCGCAUCCUUGUCCUUGCUGCAACCAAUAGGCCCUUUGACCUAGAUGAAGCAAUUAUUAGACGAUUUGAAAGGAGAAUUAUGGUUGGGCUACCGUCUGUGGAGAACAGGGAAAAUAUAAUGAAGACCCUUUUGGCUAAAGAGAAGGUGGACGAGGGACUUGAUUUUAAGGAACUCGCAACUAUGACAGAAGGAUAUAGCGGAAGUGAUCUAAAGAACUUAUGCACAACCGCUGCUUAUAGGCCUGUUAGAGAGUUAAUUCAGAAAGAGAUACAAAAGGAUUCGGAGAAAAAGAAGAAAGAUGCUGAAGGACAAAAUAGCGAAGAUGCUCAGGAUGGGGAAGAGGAAGUUAAACAGGAAAGAGUUAUAACCCUUAGACCUUUGAAUAUGCAGGACUUCAAAGUGGCAAAGAGUCAGGUCGCCGCAAGCUUCGCGUCUGAGGGGGCUGGUAUGAAUGAGUUGAAGCAGUGGAAUGACUUAUAUGGGGAAGGCGGUUCAAGGAAGAAAGAACAAUUAACUUAUUUCCUAUGAAAAUUAUCGAUGAAAGAAAUUAAAGAAUUUGUAGUUGCAUCCUUCUGGUUGGACUUUGUGAGUAUCUCCUUACAAGCAUUUUCCACCCAAAGGACUUCCAUUCCAUUGAACAAUCAGUAGUUUGCCAGUAAUAUAUAAUUAACGUGUGUAUAGUGUCCUGUAGUAUUUUUUUGGCUUCAUACUUGAGCACAAGCAUUGCCCACGUUUGGUAUUUUUGUCCAUAGGGUAUGGACAAAAGAGCAAGUUUUAAGUGGGCACAAACCAAAAUGAAAAUGUUGUAGUUAAUAGUGUAGCUUGUGUUGUAUUAUACUUAGUAGGCCUUUUAAAGAAGAAAGAGCAGUUGCUACUAUACAUGUACAAAAUAUAAAAACAGGUUUGCUGUUAAAAUUAUUUAUAUUAAUAUUUAUUUGUAUAUA